AGAUCAGUGCGCGGUGACGCGCGCUUGUCCACGGCCCCAGAAGUUCGUGAAGCAAAAUGGCGGAACUCGAGGAUGUUACGUUAGACGGCAAACCGCUUCAUUCGCUUCGUGUGGCGGAUUUAAAAGUCGCCCUGGAGCAAAGAGGGCUCGCUAAAAGUGGACAGAAAAAUGCACUCAUUAAACGGCUGAAAGGGGCUCUUAUGUUGGAGAAUCUCCAACGAACAUCUACCCAUCAAAUUGGUCUUCAACCCAAUUCUCAGAUUGGAGAGGAGAUGAGUCAGAACAGCUUUAUAAAGCAGUACCUGGCCAAACAGCAGGAGCUCCUCCGACAGAGACUGGAGAGAGAAGCCCGGGAGGCCACUGAGGCAGAUGAGACACAGAGUCCUGCUGGUCCUGAGGAGGAUGAACACACACCAACCAAAGAUAGCACUUCCUUUCUACCAGAGAAACAUCACAUCGUACACUCUCAUCUGUCUGCAACCCAGGCAGGCGGAGGAGGGUUGCCACAGGACCCUGGGUUAUUGGGAUCACACAAGUUGGAUACAGGCCCUGUUCCAGUGUCUCAAGAGUCAUCUGACACUAAAGCUGGAAGGAUCUGGCAUCCUUCUUUCCCUCCCGGCCAUGAGGAGGUUGCAACACCCUCUCCUCCACGUGCAGUUGCCUCCUUGUCUGUGCGCGUGGUUGGACAACCUGAGCGUCAGGGCUUGCCUCUCAUGAUGCCCCGUGCCCAAGAGAGAGAGGGAACGGCCCCAGUCGAAGCAGGUCCUGCCCAUUCGGUGUUGCAGCUGAGCCGUUCCGCGAGGGCUGCAGCUUGUGCACAAGUUGAUAGCGAUGACAAUGAUGAGGAUGAUGAUGAUGACAGUGAUGAUGACGAUGAAUGGGGUCCUACGUCACAUGGGAAAAAGAACGUCCGGGCUCCUCCUGUACACACUCCACCACCAGCUGCAGCCCCCCAACGAUCCCGCAGAAAGCUUCAGCCACCACAGCACAUCCCUCCCCAGCCUCAACCAGUCCACCAGCCACCUCUGCAGCUCCGUCAACCUACUCCUCCCCCAUCUCCACCCCCAGAGCUGUCUUUCCCGCUACCUGACACUCCCAAACAAAGCCCACAUGACCAAGAUGAGGCAGCAGGCCUAGCAGAAGGUGCUGCUCCAGGGGCAGACGUGGUCUCUCCUCCUUCCCUUAAAAGACAGGAGUCCAGCUCCAGUUCUAGAUCCAGCAGCCCAGAACCCCCAUCCACACGCAGACCUGGUCCACUUAGCCUGCUGGUCCGCAAAAUGGAAUCGGAGGGCGUGUUUGAUGGUACACAGAAGGCAGGGAUGGAGGGAGAAGGAGAGAUGGAAGUUGAAGAGCAGGAGGAUGGUGAAGCAGAAGUGCAAGACUCAGCUCAGCAGCUUCUCGGGUCAGAGGCGUCUGUGUCAGUACCUACUGCUAAACACGAUGCUGAAGACUCUGAGUUGAAGGAGGAGAGAGAUGAGCAAAAAAAAAGUGAGGAAAAAGAAUAUGAGAACGUGGAUGAGAUUUCUGCACCAUUCCAUUUGACAUCACCCACCACUUUCCCAACUAGAAGGCCGCACAUUUUCUCAGCGGUCCCACCACCUGAUUCACUUACAUCAUCCUCCAAACCUGAGCAGGUGUCAGUGCUCACAUCAGAGCCGAAGUGCUCUGAAGAUGUUGCUAUGGAGGCAGAGGCCUCUACAACGACACCUGAAUCAAAACACGAGGAAGGGAAAGAAGUGAAAGUUCUAGAGAAAGAGCCACCUGAACAGUCACCUAAACCAGCAGAAGAGAGUGAAAAGUCUUUAAAAUCAGCACACUCUACAUCUGAAGAAGGAGAAAUGGAGAAAACAAGAGACCAUUCACGGAGAGAGAAAGGUCAUAAACGACGCUCGUCAACGCCAAGUCAGUCAUCAUCAUCUGACACCGAUUCAGAAUCAUCAUCUUCUCAUUCUUCAAGCUCUCCUUCACAGGAUAAAUCCAGCGCACCCAGCAAAAAGAAGGAUGAGGAAGAAAACAGAAGAGAUGAUGUUAAAGAAGAAAAAAAGGCUCAGUCUUCAAGGGAUGUAAAGCAGGAAGCUCUCUCUGAGCCUGCAGGCCAAGUUGCCAUGGAACUGGAGGGCCGGUCUCAUUCAGAGAGUGCUAUGCAACAGCCUGACCACCAGGGGGCAGAUUCCAGCGACCGCCCAGAGGAGAGCUCCACUGUAAAAUCGUUUGCUGCCCGCAAGAUCUCCCUGAGCAGUAAAACGGAGAUUACGUCAUCUGAGGCAGAGCCUGUGGGUGGAGCUAGCAGAAAAAGAAGGUGGGGUUCUAGUACAGCAGUCACUGCCAAGAAGCCGUCAAUCAGCAUCACCGCUGAAUCGCUGAAGACAUUAAUUCCAGACAUCAAGCCCCUACAGGAGGCGGUGGUCGAGCUGCACCCAGAUGAGGGGCGUCUCUCUGGGGAUGAGGACUCAUCUGAGCCUCGUGAGCGAGAGGAACCGGAGGAGGAUCAGGGUCUUAAGAUCAGACGCACAGUGACACAGGUGAUUCCAUCUGAUGGACACGAGAAUGGGCAGAAAGAAAUAAAGGAAGAGGAGGAGGAUGAUGAAGAGCAGAAGUGGACUAAAGGAGAGACAGAAAAAAACAAAGGAACAGGAGAGAACUCCCCUGAUGUUACAAUGGAAAUACAGGAGGCCGAGCCCAAAAAAGUCACUCCCAAUGAUUCUUUGGUGCGACGCUCCAUCAGUCAGCAGAAAUCAGGUGUGUCCGUAACUAUUGAUGACCCUAUACGGACAGGUCGCCAGCUCUCUCCUCCUCGUGGAACCUCCAACAUCAUACACGUCUGCAACCUGGUGCGACCUUUCACCUUAGGGCAGCUGAAGGAGUUGUUAAAUCGGACGGGUACAUUGGUGGAGGAGGGUUUCUGGAUCGACAAGAUCAAAUCUCACUGCUAUGUCACAUACUCCACUAUAGAGGAAGCUGUGGCCACUCGAGAAGCACUGCAUGGUGUGAAAUGGCCCACAAGUAAUCCCAAAGUACUACGUGUGGAUUUUUGCGAGCAGGAUGAGUUGGACUUCCAUAAAGGUCUCGUGUCCAGUGAGCGUGCAGGUGAAGGUCAAGACCCUCACGCCUCAGCAACCUCAGCCCGCCCUGCCGCCCAUCACCCACUGCCACCUGCAAACCACGAAAAAGAGAAGGAACGAGAAAGAGAGCGAGAUGGAGGAGCUGCAGCCGUGAGAGACCAGUGGGCAGAGAGGGAAAGAGCGAUGGAGAGAAGAGAGAGGACUCGUUCUGAGCGGGAGUGGGACCGGGAUAAAGUCAAGGACUUCGGGAAGGAGGACCGAGACAGAACGAGGAGGUCACGAUCACGGGACCAAAGACGCAGAGAGAGAGGCAAGAGCAAAGAGAAGAGAACGGAGAAGAAAGAUAAACCAGAAGAGCCUCCUGUAAAACUUCUUGAUGACCUGUUUCACAAAACUAAAGCAGCUCCCUGUAUAUACUGGUUACCCCUCACAGAAGAACAGGCGACACAAAGAGCUCUGGAGCGUGCUGAGCGCAUAAAGGAGCGAGAGAAGAGGAGGAAGGAACUCCAGGAGGAAGAGGACAAAAAACAAGAAGAACGGAGAGAGCGAGCAAAAGGCCGUGACAGAGAGGGAGGGAACGCAGGAGGAGCAGGUGUUGUGAGACGUUCAACUGAGGGAGAGCGAGACAGGGGGAAGGAAAGAGAGAGAGAGGGGGGCAGAGAGGCAGAAAAGAGGAGAGAUGUCCACAGAGGCCGCGGUAGCGACUCCAAAACUGCAGGGGGCAGCAGAAGCUCACAGAGCCGUAGCAUCUCCUCCAGAGACAGACGACACUGAGUGCAGAGUGAGUGGAUGUGUGAGAGAGAGAGAGAGGGGUUUGUAAGAUCAGAGUCGUCAGCAUGAUGACAGCUCCAAGGAUGAUGAUAGAUCACCUCAAAAAAAUUUGUCAUCUGUUCACCCUCAUGUCAUUCCUAACUUGUUUUUUACUGAAAACAAAAGGUGUCAGCUUUUUCAUCCAUACAUGGAAGUUGAAACAACACUGGAUCUCAUUGACUUUAUUUGUAUUGGUGAAAAAAUGUUUAUCUGAAAAAAGCAAUAUAGAUAUUUACCUGUUGCUUGUCCCAUUACAUAGAAGAAAUAGAUUUGGAAUGACAUGAGGGUGAAUAAAUGAUGA